AACAGAGCAUAGGGUGUAUCUUUAAUUCCUUCUUUUUUUUUACAUUCCAAACAAAUACACGCGAAACCAUGCCUCGGACAGUCUCUCUCUUGGCAGGUCUUUUGGCUGUUGCAACAAUUACAUAUAAAUUUCGCGAUGACUUAACGGCCAACACGAACGACAUUCGUCGACGUCUGGACGAUGCAAAGACUACGCUUGAUCACGUCGCGGCCGGCACCGCAAGUCAAUCUCACCUACGAUCCCAACCUGCUCCUGCGCGUUCAUUUAUUGGCGAAUCCCAGCAAUAUGUGUCUAAACGUCUGGUGCCUAGUGCAUCAAUGGAACGAUCAUAUCGCUGGCGCAGCACAAACAAUCAUUCGCACAGAUAUCCCCUCGUAUACAAAGAAGCUGUGGGAUGAAAAUGUAGCACCUAGCUUUAAUGGAAAGAAAAACUAGAGUUUACAUGCAUUGUCUUCUAUAUAUAAAGACAUUUAUAAAAAA